AUGGCAUCGAAGCUCCUGCGGAUGGCCCGUGACGCAUCCCGAGCUCGCACCGCUGCGGCAGCCGCAUCUCGCGCCGCCGCGAUGUCCUCCCGCUCAGCGUGUGGCCGUGAGGAAUCCCCCCCAUCUCGCACCGACGCGGCAGCCACAUCUCGCGCCCCUACGGCAGCCUCCCGCUCAGCGCGUGAGGCCGCCGCUUCAGGCGUCAUAGCUCCCCGCCCAACUCGCACGAAGCCCCGCGACCAUGCUCCCCUCUCUCCCCCCUUGGAGAACUCACGCACCGAUUACGAGCUCUUCUUGAUAGACGAUGUUGAUACCCCGACGGAGAAGGACCUCGAGUCGGAGGAAUCCCAAUGGGCCUAUUAUCAGCGCUGGUGCGAGGCUCAUGACAAGAAGCAUGACCAUGACGAGAUGGCUCGCCGGUUUGAUGCUUUCCGAAGUCGGGCACGGUCGGUGCACCAAUGGAACGUUGGUCUUCCUUUAGAUCCAGUUAAAGCAGCCAUUGCCAAAAAGAAAAAAGAAAAGGUCAGGUUACUUCUGUCAAAAGGCAAAAGCAUCUCAAAGUUCGAUGAAUGCCUUGUGCCAAUGGAAUUAGGUCCAUUUGCCGAUGAGCCCUUCAGUGAUGUUGAAGAUGUUACAGCAGAGUAGUAGUUAUGCUUUGCAAAGAUGUUCCAUGUGUACUAAGUUAUCCUUCCCCUGUGGGCUAAGUUAUGCUUCCAAGUGUACUAAAUUAUGGCUCUGUAACAUCUUUUUCUCUAAGCGGCCCAUAUGCUUCCGCCUGUGCAAAGUGUCUAUUUUAGUCUAUUGCGUUCUACAGGAACAAGAGUUCAAACAGAU